CUACGAACACAUCGAUGACUUUUAUCAAAAUCUUCAACACAUCCAGGAGGAUCCCAGUAUGCAGAAAUAUCUUGAGCGCGACUGGAAGGCCUUGAUAUGUCUACUGAAGCGAAGUUGGUGGAUGAGGACUUGGAUCAUGCAGGAAGCAACGACCGCGAACGAAACUAUGAUGGCGUGGGGCAACACGACCAUUCCAUUCCAAAUGGUCCUUUCUUGUAUUUCCAUGAUCACCGGAACAAUGUCCUUUUUUCUGUGUGACUCCGACUUACUUUCAGGAUACGAAACUUCCCUUCCUCCCUUCGUUAAUGAGGUGUUUACCUAUAUGGACAAGGGUCCAAUGAUCAUAACAAGAAUCAGUGAAUCUAGGGAACAACUUACCACAGCGUCAAGUCCCUUAAGCAUAUUGAAGAUGGUUCAAAUGUUUAGGCCUUGUGGGGCAUCAGACAACCGAGACAAGAUUUUCGCACCUCUGAGUUUAUUUGAGAAUCCACACCUACCGAACUUUGUCAUAGACUACAACGUCUCGGAAAAGGCAGUAUAUCAGAGGUUCGCCGAGUCUUUGAUCCUAGCCACCAAUCCACCAAAUCUUGACGUUUUGGGCUUUUGUUGGACACAUGAAGAAAAAGAAGGGCAAGAAUCCCCGAGUCUUCCCAGCUGGGUGCCAGACUGGACAAAGCCAUCACCGCACGCACUCGAACGUCUGCCAAAACGACUUCCAGAAUUCGAUGAUAUCCGCAUCGGAGAAAGAGUCGCGUACGCAGCCGAUUCAGUGCUGCGACGGAUGGCGGGAGCGGAGCAAAACCUGCGGGUGCAGCUUGUGGAUGGCCUGCUCCAGGCACACGGCCUGUUGCUCGCGCAAUUGGAAGAUAUCCGCCCUCCAUUUGGGAACAAUUCUGCCUACGAGGAUUCAUUAUUUGACGACGCGGAGACGAGGAUGUAUACGCCAACAGGCACGACGUUGCACGAAGCCAGCCUGAUGACAAGCUCGUGCGGGCUUUCAUACAAAGAGGGCGUUUUUGACCGUUCGGACCCUGUUAACUGGAACGAACUUGAUCUUCGAACCCUCCUGGAUUUUAGCGAUAAGAGAGCAUCAGGGGUAGCAGAAGUUAAGGUCCCUGACAUUCUCUAUUUCUCUCAUGCUUUCGGUCGCUGUUUGGCAAGCACUAAUCGGGGAUUCAUUGCACUUGUACCUAGCAAUGCACGGGUUGGUGAUCAGCUCUAUAUUCUCUAUGGCGGUCAAGUUGUCUAUUGCCUCAGGAAGGACGGGACCAUGCAUACUUCUGUUGGAGAGUGUUAUGUGCAUGGUAUUAUGGAUGGUGAGUUCAUAGGAUAUCUGGGGAUUGAUGGGAGUACAAUUGUCAUGGACAAGGUUACAAUAAAAUGAG